UUUAGUUUAGUUGAGAUACAGAGACACUAACAAAUGGAAGAUUUGAGUAUACAGCAUGUGCACCUGGAGCUGUCUGAGAACCUGGAGGCUCACAGGACGCAGGGCUUCAGCAACGCCAACGCGCUGGUGGUGCGAAGAGGAGCCCCGUUCAGGGUCAGCGUCCAGCUCAAGGGCCGACCUUUCAACCCCACGACUGACUAUCUCAGGAUCAGAGUUUCUUUAGGCCGGCUGUAUGUGCUGAUGCCAGUCACUUUCUCCAGGAGGGCUCCAUCCUCCCGUUGGAGCGCCCACAUCGACCCGACAACUUCAAACAAACAGACGCUUUUCAUCUCCAUCUGUGCUCCUGCCUCGUCCCCGGUGGGCAGCUACAGAGUUCAGCUGAGCGUGUUCACGCAGGACCGCCAGAGGAGCGCUGCCAACGGCAGCUUCAUCCUGCUCUGCAACCCCUGGUGCUCUGAGGACGAGGUGUAUAUUCCAUUUGAGGAUCAGAGGGAAGAAUACGUCCAGAGCGACUCUGGCUUGUUGUUUAAGGGGACACCUAUGAACCUUGUGUCAAGACCGUGGUCCUUUGAUCAGUAUGAGCCUGGUGUGCUGGAGGCUUGCCUGAAUCUGCUGCAGGUCAGUCCUCAGCAUAAAAGGAACAGAACCAAGGACUAUCGGAACCGGUGUGACCCCGUCUACAUCAGCCGGGUGGUGUCGGCUAUGAUCAACUGUGAGGAUGAUCGUGGCGUGCUAAAAGGGAACUGGUCGAAUGACUACAAACAAGGUGUCUCUCCAUCCAAGUGGACCGGGAGUGGGGACAUCCUCAAGCAGUGGGCCCAGUCUGGUUUCAGCCCCGUCAAGUACGGCCAGUGCUGGGUGUUUGCAGCCGUCAUGUGCACAGUUAUGAGAGUUCUCGGGGUUCCUUGCCGAGUUGUCUCAAACUUCAACUCUGCUCACGACACCAACGACAACCUGGUGAUUGAGGAGUACUACAGCGAGACGGGGCAGAAGAUGAACCUCAGCAAAGACAGUAUAUGGAACUUCCAUGUGUGGGUGGAGUGCUGGAUGAGUCGCAGGGAUCUGGGGUCUGAAAUGGACGGCUGGCAAGUUCUCGACCCAACCCCACAGGAGAGGAGUGGAGGAGUGUUCUGCUGUGGCCCAGCUCCCGUCAAAGCCAUCAGGAGUCGGCGUAUCGAUCUGCUUUACGACGUCCCAUUCGUGUACGCCGAGGUGAACGCAGACGUACACACAAUCAUCCUGGGCCAGGGUCAGGUGGUUGGCUUCAGUAAAGACACAGAAAAAGUUGGAUCUCUCAUCUGCACUAAAGCUGUAGGAUUCCCACGACUGCAGAACAUCACAGGAGACUACAAAUUCAUCAAAGGACCAACUUCAACAAUUUCAUCAAUGAGUUCCACAAUGUCAGAAGACUCAACGACAAGUAGAGGUUCAUCCAAAGGAGUUUUAGUUUCCCUGAGCCUGGAUAAAUCUCCAGUUGCCGGGGAGCCAAUCCGCUUCAUGGUGAAAGUUAUGAACAAACAGAGCGUCACCAAGAGGUUGAAAGUACAUGUCAACGCUCAGGCGAAAGAGUACAACCACAGUCCCUCCGACACCUUCUGGGAGAACCAUGCCGUCCUGCAACUAGCACCCAUGGAAGUCACAGUGCUGCGGAACCAGAUCCUCCCAGCGCAGUUUGAGCAUGUGGAUGAAGAUAUCCUGAUCAACCUGGCCGCUGUCCUGGAGGACAUGUCCAGCCAUGAGCGCUUCCUGGCCUCAGAGGAGUUCAACAUUACCAGCCCGGAGCUCAUCGUACAGGUUGCAGAAGAAUCGAUUGUGCCAAACAAAGAUCAUGCGGCCACGGUGAGCUUCACCAACCCGUUCCCACACCCUGUGAGUGGAGUACUGACUGUGACUGGCGCUGGGCUGAUCCACGGCAAGACUCAGUUCAGGAUGUCGACACUGCGUCCAGGAGGAAGAAUAGAGCAGAACGUCACGUUCAACCCCAGCAUGGCGGGAGUCAAGAUGCUGCAGGCCAGCCUGUCGCUCUCAGACAGAAACAUCGUAAUCAGAGGCUUCACGAUGGUCCAUAUCAACAGAGUUUAACUGCUGCAAAUUAUCAUAUGUUAUCUAUUGUCAUGAAUGUAGUAAAUGUGAAUUUUAUUUAUUGUGCUAUUUAUUUUCGAUAUUUACUUUACAAUGUAUGUCUUUGAGCCACAAAAAUUCCUUUGCUACUUGAAAAUCUGCAUCAAUAUUUAUUUGCUAGAAAAAGUUUCAAUAAAUUGUUUUGCUUUUGCGUCUUUGAAAAAUAAAACAAUGAGCCAAAUGA